GUCACACCCCCAACGACUCCGCGACCGCCUCUCCCUCCUCCGCCUAUCCGCUCCGUCCUCCACACGUCAGGCGUGGCGUGUCUCCUCUUCCUUCUCUCCCGUCCCGUCCGAGCCUGCUAUAAAUUCCCCGCCCCCUCCCGUCUUCUCUCCACACAUCCGAUCCAAUCCAGCCCCCCUCCGAUCUCGCCGAGAAAUCUCCUCCGAUCGAAGCGAAGCCAAGGCUCUCUCGUCCCCCUCCUCAAGAUGCAGAUCUUUGUGAAGACCCUCACCGGCAAGACCAUCACCCUUGAGGUCGAGUCCUCCGACACCAUCGACAACGUCAAGGCUAAGAUCCAGGACAAGGAGGGCAUCCCUCCGGACCAGCAGCGCUUGAUCUUCGCUGGCAAGCAGCUCGAGGAUGGCCGCACCCUGGCAGACUACAACAUCCAGAAGGAGUCCACCCUUCACCUGGUGCUCAGGCUCCGUGGUGGCAUGCAGAUAUUUGUGAAGACACUCACCGGCAAGACCAUCACCCUGGAGGUUGAGUCCUCGGACACCAUCGACAACGUCAAGGCUAAGAUCCAGGACAAGGAGGGCAUCCCUCCGGACCAGCAGCGUCUCAUCUUUGCUGGCAAGCAGCUCGAGGAUGGCCGCACCCUUGCUGACUACAACAUCCAGAAGGAGUCCACCCUCCACCUGGUGCUCAGGCUCCGUGGUGGCAUGCAGAUAUUUGUGAAGACCCUCACCGGCAAGACCAUCACCCUGGAGGUUGAGUCCUCGGACACCAUCGACAACGUCAAGGCUAAGAUCCAGGACAAGGAGGGCAUCCCUCCGGACCAGCAGCGCUUGAUCUUUGCUGGCAAGCAGCUCGAGGAUGGCCGCACCCUGGCAGACUACAACAUCCAGAAGGAGUCCACCCUUCACCUGGUGCUCAGGCUCCGUGGUGGCAUGCAGAUAUUUGUGAAGACCCUCACCGGCAAGACCAUCACCCUCGAGGUUGAGUCCUCGGACACCAUUGAUAAUGUGAAGGCCAAGAUCCAGGACAAGGAGGGUAUCCCACCGGACCAGCAGCGUCUCAUCUUCGCUGGCAAGCAGCUUGAGGAUGGCCGCACCCUUGCAGACUACAACAUCCAGAAGGAGUCCACCCUUCACUUGGUGCUCAGGCUCCGUGGUGGUAUGCAGAUCUUCGUCAAGACCCUCACUGGCAAGACCAUCACCCUUGAGGUUGAGUCCUCGGACACCAUCGACAACGUUAAGGCCAAGAUCCAGGACAAGGAGGGCAUUCCCCCGGACCAACAGCGUCUUAUCUUCGCUGGCAAGCAGCUUGAGGAUGGCCGCACCCUUGCGGAUUACAACAUCCAGAAGGAAUCCACCCUCCACCUUGUCCUCCGCCUUCGUGGUGGCAUGCAAAUCUUUGUCAAGACCCUCACUGGCAAGACCAUCACCCUGGAGGUUGAGUCCUCAGACACCAUUGACAAUGUGAAGGCCAAGAUCCAGGACAAGGAGGGCAUUCCCCCGGACCAGCAGCGUCUCAUCUUCGCCGGCAAGCAGCUUGAGGAUGGCCGCACCCUUGCGGACUACAACAUCCAGAAGGAGUCCACCCUUCACUUGGUGCUCCGUCUGCGUGGUGGCCAGUAAGCUCCUGGCGAUGGAGCUCUGCUUCUGUCUUCGGUGUCCUUCAAUGGAGUCUCGUCUUGUGCCUAUCAUUGCCUGAUUUGUCUUUGUUUCUGUACCGUACUGUGAUGCAGUGUCAUCGUUUGUAUCUUAGAACUUCUGCUCGUGUGCAGCAGCUUUGGUGAACUAUGAAUAAGUGAGCCCUAAAUUCGAUCCA